UUGAGAUAACUGAAAAACAACAAGGCCUUAACCACAUGGUUUUGCUACCAAAAAAUGUGAACAAGGCAGUCACCAAUUCAAUGAUAUGUCUGCAACUUGAAGCUAUAAAACUUGAUCAGUCUUUCAACUCUUUCCAAUCAAGUAAACUGCUUACUCCUCAUCAAAUUCAAAUAUUUUAUCAACUUUUUUAAAGUUAUCUCCUUUGAUUCUUAAAACACCACAACAUGAUCAGCACAAAGAAGCUUAUCAAGAUGGCAAGAAAGUGGCAAAAGAUAGCAGCUGCCAGCAGGAAGAGGAUCUCUUGGCCACGACCAGCGGCUAAAGAGGGUCACUUUGUCGUCUACACAGCAGAUGGAAGACGAUUUAUGAUUCCUUUGACAUAUCUAAAGAGCGCGAUUUUCAUAGAGCUCUUCAGAAUUGCCGAGGAAGAGUUUGGGGUGACAAGUUCAGGGCCAAUAACACUACCUUGUGAUUCAAAUUUCAUGGAGUAUGCGGUCAAUAUGAUCCAAAGAUGUGUAGCUGAGGACUUGGAAAAGGCAUUAGUUAUGUCUUUAGCUAGUUGCAGAUACUCAUCAUUGUCACAUGAACAUCAAAAACAUACUAAUCCACAAUUGUUUUUAUGUAGUUUCUAGGGGGGAGAAAUUUUGAUUCCUUUUUGUACAGAAGAUGUAUAUGAUACAAUUUUGCUUAGAAAAGUAACAAUUAUCCAGAAAUUUUGUUCAAAUCAAACAGUUUUGCUGUUGUAGUAAAUAUCC